AUGGGCUAUCCCAUGGCCGUCAAUCUUCGCUCUAAACUGCCUUCCUCAUCCACUCUUCUAAUCUGCGAUGUUUCAUCCGACGCAAUUUCAAAAUUCCAACAUCAGAUGGCCGAUCAAGGCCCUAUAGAGGUGGUCAAGAGCGGUGCCGAAGCGGCACAAAGAGCAAAUACUGUGAUCACAAUGCUGCCAACGGCAUCAUCGGUAGAAAAAGUCUACCUCGACCCCACCUCCGGUGUACUCGCUGGAGUACUUGAAGCCUCCAGAUCCAAUCCCCAGAAGAAGUUAAUCAUGGAGUGUGGAACAAUUGAGACAGCCACCAUACUCAAAGUCUCCAAAGCCGCACAGGAUGAAGCCACCAAACUGUCUCAAGGCGCACAGCUCGAUUUCGUCGAUGCACCCGUCUCUGGCGGACCGAUGGGCGCGGAGGCAGGCACUCUGACAUUCAUGGUUGGCGCUGCCAACAGGCCCGCCUACGAGCACGCCAAAGAAUACCUCCAGCAUAUGGGCAAGAAGGAGAGCGUGUUCCACUGCGGCGAUGUAGGCGCAGGCACUGCUUUUAAAGUGAUCAAUAACUACCUCAGCGCAAUCACUAGUCUCGCAGCAAGCGAGGCGCUGAACAUCGGCGCUAAGAUGAACCUCGAUCUCAAACUCCUCACCGAUGUCAUCAAUGUCUCGGGUGGGCAAUGCUGGGUGACAAGUCAAUCGAAUCCCGUCCCUGGCAUCCAUGCCAACGCGCCGGCCAGCAGGAACUAUGAGGGAGGCUUCCGAAUCGAGCUCUGCAAGCAUGUGCUUGAGAUGGGAACGUCCCUCGCCGAGAUGGUGGGUGCACGCACGAUCCUGGAUAAACCUACCCUGGCUGCUUUUGAAGAAGCUGCAGCCGACGACCGGUAUAAGGGCAAAGAUGCCAGGGUGGUUUAUAAAUGGCUGAAUGAAAGCCAACGGUAG